UGCAAAAACUAUUUGGUGCCAUGCCAUCCAAAACACAUUAAAAAUUCACUUGUCUUCAAAGUUUUUACGUAAAUAGGCAUAUCGAUCCAUUUGCAAUUCAAAUAUAAAAAAGUAAUUAGAAGUUCAUAUAUUAUGUGUGUAAAAAUGGCUAUUAACAAGCCGACGAUCAUCAUCUUGAUCAUAGCAACCGUAGCAGCUUUAGCUAUUCCGUCCGCUUCAGCCACUGAGCACAUCGUUGGUGGUGACAAAGGUUGGGUUUUCGGGUUUGAUUAUCAAACAUGGGCACUCCAGCAGCGUUUCUAUGUUGGCGAUAAACUUGUUUUCAAUUAUCCUGUUGGAAAAUACAAUGUAUUUGAAGUUGGUGAUGCGGGCUGGGAAGAUUGUUAUGUGUCUAGUAAAAAAAAAGGACUCACGAGUGGACACGAUGUGAUAACCCUAGAAACCCCUGGAAAUAAAUUUUUCAUCUGCCAAGCAAAAAACGAUGAAGGAAAAAGGUGCUGUGAGGAAGGUUCUAUGAAGUUUCACAUCACGGUAUUCGUUCCUAAUGACCCUGGUGCCCCGGGCAAGUUGUAUGUUGUUGGAGAUGAUAAAGGCUGGACCCUGAAUGUGGAUUAUCAAGCUUGGGCGAAUGGAAAGAAAUUCAAUAUCGGAGAUCAACUUCUCUUCAAGUAUCCAGCCGGAAAGCAUAGUGUCUUUCAAGCGAUCGAUGAAACUUCCUUUAAGGAAUGUAUCCCUCCUAAUGCUGAUGAAGGUCUCAGUAAUGGAUACGAUAUUGUGACCCUAGAUGCCCCAGACACCUGGUUUAUUUGCGGUGCCCCAGACCAUUGUAAGAAGGGCAUGAAGUUUUUCGUCCAUGCAUCUGAUCCAUCCAAAUCACCUGGAUUCCAAGGAUCAAGAAAACUAAUCCCACCAAAACUCUAGGCUUUGAGGAUUGGAUUCUCCCUUGUGCUGUGAAGAGUUAUACCCUCGUACGUACAUGAUAUAUAUUUUUGUGUUUUUCUUUCAUAUGUCUUUACUUUUGUGUGUUAAUGGCUGGAGCCAAAUAUGUGGCAUAU